CUUUGUCCUUUUUUCCUCAACAUUUCCUUCCUUUGGUAGCGAUGGUGUUGAUGAAUCAUUUUGUAAAGAACACCUUCGCCAAUCGGGUACAUUUUCAGAUCUAAUACCUUUAAUAAAGCAGCAUUCGUUGGAUGUUUCAGAAGACAUCCCGCUAAAUAUUUAUUGA